AUGCCUACAAGGGAAGAUUCCUCCCUAGGAGGCAGCUGCCUGUCAGCAUGGGCUCAAGAAUUUGUGAACAGCAAAACCCAACCUGGAAACGUGGUUGUGUUCAUUAAGCCCACCUGCUCCUACCACAGAAGAAUCCAAGAGCUCCUCAGUCAACUGUCUUCACAGAAGGAUUUUUGGAAUUUGUUGAUAAUCACAGCCACUAGUUACACAAUCAAGAUUCAAAAUUAUUUGCAACAGCUCACAAGAGCCAGAAAGGUACCUUGGGUCUUUAUUGGUAAAGAUUGUAUAAGUGGAUGCACUUAUCUGACAGAAAUGCAUCACAGUGGGGAACUGUUGAAGCAGCUAAAGCAAAUUAGAGGUAUACAAUAA